GUGGGUGACAUUGGUGGUAGGGGGAUGGUUGGACCAGAUGAUCUUGGAGGGCUUUUCCAACCCUAAUGAUUCUGUGACUGAAAAGAUGCUUUCUGUACAUGUGAAGCAUACUUAAUCCAGAGUUGAAGAUCUUGGCAGGUAACUCCAUGGUGGUAUGCUGCUUGGGUGUUACACCCUGGAUGUAUUUUCAGAGUUUUGCUGGUGUACUUCCACGUGGAUUCCAGGAAGAAAGUUGUGUCUGCGUAACUAUGGUUAUGUUUUACAAUGGGGCUGUAGUGGUCAGUGAUUGUGCCUUUCCUGCUGUGUUACGCUUACGAUAAGCCUAAUGGCUGGUACUUUUUAAUGUAGGUGUAGCAGUGGGAGUGUGAAAGAGUGGCAUCCGUGUCUGAGUAACACGUCUGGUCCAGGUAUAACAGCCUUUCUGAUGAUGUUGUUCAUUCUGUUCAGAGACUUGGGAUAAUUUAUUCUAGUCGUUCUGCGGCAAUAAGCUGCAUCUGCGGUUGGAAGGUUUUUAUACGGUGACAUAAUCUGUCCAGCACAGGCAUGGGAAUUGUCUGCAAAAAAACAAACGUUUUGUUUUCUUGCAAUAGAGGAAAACCAGCAAAAUUCACUGUUGGAGCUAUAAAGCUGGGAUCAACAGCAUUGGCAGAGCCCUCAUAUCAAUGUAAAUGCGUGAACACUGAGACUUUAGCUGAUAAUUUUUUUAAAGAAGAUCACGUAAUUAAAUGAACAGGCGGAUCUCUAUUUUCUAAUGUUCACUUUCAUUGUGGAAAAGCCAUCUGCUGUGUCUGUAAUUUGUUUGUUUUAAUGGAGAGUCGCUGAACUUUUGGACAAAAUUAAAAAGUAUCAACUAGCACAAAUGGACUGGCAGUUUGGUUCCUUUAACUCCUUUACUUGCAGUAGUUCUAAAAUGCUCCAGCCGUUUCUGAUGUUACUUUGAGUAAGGAAGUGGUUAGCGAAAGGGAAAGAAGGAAUGGGCAAAUCUGUGAAAACUUAAUACAACCACAUUUCUUUAAUUGGAGGUAUGAAGGAGGGGUGGAGGCAGGAGUUCGUUAAUGAACUCCCAGUGAAUUAACCUCACUGCAGGACACGGAUCCUUUUUGUGAGGGCUGAUCGUGUGCCCUGGCUCCAGUGUAACUCACGGUGAUUUUACUGUGAGCUUGUUCUUGGUGGGGAUUUUCAGGAUCUAGUAUUGAAGCUUGAAUUUAUUGAGAUGUUGACUACAGAAGAAAAUCUUUGGCCCACUGACAUGGGCUGCAAAAUCUCCAUUGGCUUCAAGAGGGACAAGAUUUGCAGCGUGACCAGUGUGAUUUGGGGGCAGUGUUAUGGACUGUGCUGCUGAAUUUGUUACACAUCUGUCAGUUUAUCAUAUUUGAGAUCCAGUUGAUUUCCCAAACAUAGUAACUGAGAGGCAUAGCGAUCUCCGGUCAACUUCAGUUAGGGGCAGUAGUAUGCCUCCUCCUCUUCCUCUCGUGGGACGAUGCCAGGGAGUUCCCAAAUGUUUUACAAAUGUUGAAAGAACUCUUGGUGCUGGAGCAGCUCAGAAGAUGGAGCCCCAAGUAGGGAACAGCAUGGCGAUGAGGAUAGUCCCCACUGGGCUGAGCGGAGCACGCAACCUUGUGGGUCCUGUGGGGCUGGCAAGCAGCCCGACCUCCAGACUAUGAGUUACUCUGGAUUUUCUCCGUGUUGUUUUGAGAAUCUGGUUUCAGGUGAAAGCCUUGUCAGGAGUGUGGUGUUGGCAGGAAAAGCUCUGGGUGCCCUAGGAAAAAUUUGGAUCAAAUAAAUGAGAAAUUCACUUCUGAACAUGUAAUGUGUGUCUGAGGGAAAACAGAUUUUGGCCAGCUGCACUGGGGGUUCAUGGAUAUAGCCAGAGUGCUUGACUAUGGCUGGAUUAAUUUUCCCUAUCAUACACACUGCUAGCAGCUGAAGUGAACAUUCCCAUUUUUUCUUCAUACAUUUAAAUACCACUUGUUCUUGGAAGCCUGAAUACCUUAAGGUGUUUGCCAAACUCAAAUCAAGAAUGAUUUUUUGUGGUAUGAUAAUGGGAAAUCAAAUUUACGGGAUGAAUGAACAGCCUAUUGUGCACACUGCUGUGCUUUAGUGUGUGUUUUUUUUGCCCUUCUGUAUGCAGAGCUGGCAUUUAACACUUGUAUAAAACCCUGCCCGUCCUUUCAGCUGCUCGUCUCCUGCCAGGUCCCAGAAACCGUGGGGAUGCGUGCUGUUGUGUAGGUCACUGAGUUCAGAAGAGGUGGUAGCACUUACGUGUUUCCUAAGUGCUGCUAUUUAUCCGAGUCCUGAGUGGCCUAUCCGAGUCGCCUGUUUUGGAAUAGUUCAUCACAGGGAGGUAGUACAUUGUUCUUCUGAAUAUUUAAAAUUACAAUUUUCCUACCAUAGUGUCACAUACAGAAGGCUUUUGAGAAUAGCAGUGCUUUAAGCUCCGGCCUCCGCAGCUGAUUUUCAAGCAUUGUGUCUUCAUCUGCAAAGUACUACCCCAGUUCACAAUACUGGAAUGAAACCAUGUUUUCAUAUCUUGAGAAAGUCCACACUUGCAAAUUGCAUUCUGGUACUAGUUUAGGAUCCCAAAUUUUUUCCUUUGUUGGUUUUUCUUUAGAGUACAGUUCCUGGUAGAUUUUGCAAAUACAUAAUAGUUGCUUUUUGUUGUUUACUUUGGAAGGGAGAGUAUUCAUAAGAAAUAUGUAUGUUAUAGGAUAUAAGCACUGUGUGGUUUAUAAGAAAGUUGCUGAGCCCUUUUGCUUUGUAAAAUACAUUUUAGAAAUUUAUUUUGCUUUCUUGUUCCUGUUGCCCUGAAAUGACAACUUUCUGAUCAUCGUCUUCUUGCCUGAGUAAAAUGUGAGGGAUUUGUAUUUGCAAUCAAGAUUUUCAGCAGUUGCCUGUUUUUCGUUGAGUAAGGCGUCAUUAUUCUGGUGCACUAACUUUUUACACUGAGAGAGGGGAAGUGAAAAUAGCUCUUCGUAAUUGUUUUUUGUAUUCUGUUUGGGUAAAAAUCAGCUUCUUGAAAGGGCCGGAUGUGGCGAGCAGCCCUUAAGCUGAUCUUCAAACGUGCUUGGUUAGUUAAGAGACUGAAAUCGCCCAGUUUGCAAGGUACUAGAUUGUUCCAAAUAGCGUGGACUUGAGAUUUAAGAACAAAAUACAUGUUAAGAAGGGUUUGAUUUUAUACCCUCAGAAUACUGGCACUGCUAGUGGGAGGUGUGAUGGAAAUCUGUGUGAGGGAAGGACUUCAGACCCGGGCAUUUUGCCUCUGCAGUCGAUGCAGCAUCAGUCAUAACGCCGCCAUGGUCUCUUUCAUGUGAUUAACAAGGGGAGGAUGUUUGUCUUUGGUAGAAUUACCUUCUAUCUUUAUUCAAAAAGAAGAUAAGGGAUACAAGUGUCAUACAUUUGAUGUUGAAAUUUAGUUCACUACAGUGCUGUUCUCUACAGUGGAUAUUACCAUAAGUUUGAUUUCUUCUUUUAUUUUCGUUAUUCUGAUGAUGAUUACUCUUACGGUGACAGUUUAUUUCUCCAGCUAUUUAUAGUGAAAUUAUUCAUGUUGGGGCUGUAGAUUGUAAUUCUGGGAAGUGGUGUAGAACAACACAACAGUACAGACAACUUCAUGGCUCAGUUGUAUUAUAAUUACUGUAAAUAAUGGAGAUUGCUUUAGAGUUUCUCUGAGUGGUGGUGUACAAAGUCUUAGGGAACCUGUGAGGAUUAGGCUAUCUCCUAACUUGGACCAUGGUUUCUGUAGCUACCAAGUACAUUGCUUUACGCUGUCUGAAUUCUCUCUCACUAUAAAGCUGUAGCUACAGCAGUCAUUGCCUUGUUUUAAAACGAUUUCCAAAUGCCAGCGUUGACUCUCAAAUUCAUGGGCCAGUGUGCUGCCAGUCAGGAACCGAUACCAUGGAGUUGCAAGCAAGUUGUGAGUUCGUUGAUUUCUUUUUACAGUGGUUUUACAGAUAAAUAAAUUUACUUGUGGCUUACCAAGUUUUGAUGUUGAUGAUAUCACACUUCAGAGAAUUACUGCUCUAAAUGAUGCCUUUCUGUAGUAACCACUCUUCUAGGAUUUUUACAAACCACGAAGAUGAUAUUUUACGGCUUUGUGUGUGAAAUUAUGCAUGAAGUUGGUAACGAAGUUACAAAUGACUUCGAGAAAGGAAAAUCUUUGUGACAAGCGUUAAGAUAAUUGGAGUGAAUUUAAAGCCAAGUAGUUACAGUGGUUUUGCCUUAAUGUCUAGUAUAAUAGUGAAAUGUAUUGAAAUGUCAGCAACUGGCACCAGGUUUUGGGGAAGGGGUUCUUUUGGGUCGCUGCCCAGGAUUGUACCUGGCAUUUCUCUGCACUCUGUAGGGCUGUGGAAGGUUUAGAAAUGUAGGGAGAGUAGAAAUGGUUAUCUGUGUCUCGUGACCAACUAAAGAUGAUGGGCCUUGUGAAAAAUUAAGUGUUUAAACUUUCUUGGGAUUCAUAUUUUGCAUCAUUCUGCCUCCCCCAAACACUUCUGCCAUUGCUUCUGUGUUAAGAAUAGCGUACGGUCUAUGAAGUACCUAUGAGUAGUUUAGUUUGGCUGUUUCUGGACAAACCAUUUGUAAUGACCGUGCAGGCUAUAAAAAACGUGUGUGUUGCAGGGUACUUUGGGUUGUGUAGCACGGUGAUGAAGAACUGGGGCUGGUGAGGACCGUGGGCAGGUUAUUCGGCCCUGUCCCCUGCUGUAAGCAGCGCUCGCUGCAAGGCUAGGCUGGGUUGGUCAGGCCCACGUGAGUUUUGGAAAUAGCCAAGGACUGUAAUUCCACAGCUGUGGUGCUUGAGCCUUCUCGUUUGUGAAUUUCUUUUUUCCUUACAUGCAGUUGGAAGCCCCACAGGUCGUGCUGCAUUGCCCUGGGCAGAAGAGGCUGCCUCAGCUGCUCUUAGUGCCCCUCAGCCAGUGGCAGGCUGCACGCAGCCUCUGCCUGGCCAGGCUGAGAAAACCCCUUUCCCUUGGGAGGACUUCCCUGGUGCUGUGCUCCAGGUCCCUUGUAUUGUGUUGGUGCUCGGCUGGACUCUUGGGUUUGCAUUUAUCUGAAAGUCGGGGGUCGAAACUGGACGCAGUAUUUCAGGUGGGACCUCACAAGUGAUCUGGUAGCCCUGUGACAGGCCAGAACCCAAUCGGGAAGCUAAUCCAAGCUGAAGCAGAUCGAUGUACUUUGUCAGACCAAUUUUCUGUUCCCAGUGACUCUUGGAUGCCUGGAGCUGACUUGGGGAAAGUGAACAGGAGGGGUGCGGGGCUGCUUCUUGGUCUGUGCUGCGUUUUAGAUUAGAGGGCUGGCUGGAAGGGGGAGGCUUUCAGACCAUGCAGUAGCAGCCCCUCAGAGGACUGACCCGUGUGGCUGGUAGUUCAUUGUCAGCUUUAUUACUUUUGCGUACUUUAUGAUCUGUUCAGGGGCGUGCGAUAAGGAAAAGUUUGGUUAUUUUCUACAAAUCAGUCAGGAUGUUGUUACAAGCAGGCAGCGUGUUUCCUCCUGGUGCCAGGUGACCCAAGUGGAAGCGUGCGCUCUGUUCUCCUUCCUCCAGUACCAGGGGCAUGUAAGCAAAAUAGCAGAGGCCUGGUGAAUAACAAGUUACAGGGGAUAUCUGUGUUGGGUUGUGACUGCUAAUUAGCAAGGAUUGCUAUCGGUAUAUUAGCUGGAUGCACCAGCAGGGCUGAGUUUGUCCUAGUUACGAUGAAGUGAACUUUGUAUUUAAAUUAAAAAAACGACACUGUUGAACUGCGUUGAUGAUAAUUAGGUACCUGUUAGGACACAGUGUAAGAGCUGGCUGCAGGACCGUGUGCGUGCCCCAGUGGCUGUCUUGCCCCAGCUGUCUCUGGCAGGGGCUGUUGUGGGGGCCCUGUGGGUGGCUGACCCAAAUCCAGGAGCGAGUCCAUCCUGAAGAGCCUGUGCUGGUGGUCUCCACAUGCUUUUGAUGACACGCCUCAUCAGUAAUACAUUUUUGAGCCCCUAAUAUAUGUGUAUUUAUUAAUGAAUUAGAUAUGGGUACUACUGAAGUUUUAAUAUUUUCUUCAGGUGCCCCAGCAGACUGUUGUGUGCACACCCUGCUCGGCAGACCGCUGGUGCAGGCUGUGUAGCUCUCAUCCUCCAGUUCCUGCUCAUGGUGUCGAGCUGCAUUGUCAUGCUGUCUUGGUAUAAUAUGGUUUAUACCCAUGCCAUACAUCAGUCAUUAAUUUGGGCCACUAUAUGUUAACAAAUACCACCAAGGACAAAAUCGAACCUGUAUGUAAAAAGAUAAAGGGCAGUUAGCAAGAAAAAUGACUUUUUUUUUUUUUCUACCAUUUAUGCUGUGGAAAAUGUUAGGAGAAUGUCAUGGUAGGCUUAUGUUUAUUAACACACUUUGAAAUGAUAAUCUGUGUCAAGGUCUCGUGCUGCUCAGCCUGCCCUCUUUUAGAAAAAGACUGAACAAGGAGCUGCUUUUGGGUGUUGAAGGACUUGGUUUGAUUGUGCGCCUUUUCUGGUGGUGUCCCGAGGUUAGGAGAACACAAAUUGUCAUUGAACACGAGCAUCAGUCAAAAAGAUUCAAACCUGCAGUUCUGUGGUGAAGUAGAUCCUGGGAAUACAUAGCAAAGAGAGAACAGAGUUGAAUCCUAAUAGGUAGUGAGUGGCUGUGGCUUGGCUGUGAACUCGCUUGCUGUUUGGCAGACCGCAUACCUGUGAGUGUGGUGUUCAAACUGCAUGCUUGUCCUGGGGUGUUCACGGAAGCGCUGCCACUCGGCAUCACGUUGGUGCGGUGUUACACCACUGUCCCUGGGGGGAUAUUGAGGUGGCAGUGAUGUGAUUUCUGCUUGGUUUGCAGUUCUCAAGGUGUUGGGAGGAUGCAGCCCUUCCGACUGUGAUUGCUCAGAGAGACUUGAACGUAGCGAGAGCUAAGUACGAUAGGUGUGACCUUGGCUCUGUGGUAUUACAUUCAUCAGCUCUAUCAAAGCUUGGCAGUCGUUACUGACAGCUCUUUGGUAAACCUUUUUUUUUUUAAUUUUAAAAAAGGUAACAAAUUUGUCAUUUGUGUAUAGAAUUCUGCUAGUGAUGGCAAGGAUUUUGUUAAAACUUGCUAGAAGGAUGUGCUUCUGGAGAGGCUGGUAGCAAUUCUUGGUGUUUACCAAAAUGUAGCUGUUCUCAUCAUUUUUUAUUGUCUGUUGUAACAGUUGACUCUGGGUAGAUUUUUCUUGUAUGAGUUGUGGAAUGAGAAAAACAUCAACAAAUUAUUUUUUUCUAAUUAAGCUAACUAAAUGCUUAGCUUAAGGGCUGAAUAGUGAAAAGGAUGUAUUACCAUUAGGAUUUUAUCUCCUUGGCAUUUUCAUGCAUUUUUUUUUUCUCUUCUAGUUGUUACAAAUGCAAGUGUUUAAGAGUUUGGUGAACUUAGCAAAUUCAUUUAAUUUGUGUUGGUAGUGUUACCUCUUGAUUUCAAGUAACAGUGUCAGCGUUGCCAUAGUGACAUGGGAUGGGAUUUUCAGAAAUAGGCUUGCAGUGUGGAAAAAAGAUCCUGUUGACUUUCAAUAGAUUUUUUUUCCCCCAGUUACCCAGGAACCUUUGAAACCUGUUUUUGGGAGCUGUAUAUGCUAUAUAAGCAAACGAUAGCUUUCUGCAAAUAGUACUGCCAGUGCAAUUAAAGCAGAAUGCUAAUCACUUACUGAUUUGCUCUUGCUAAUGCACACUUACAUUGAAAUUCACGGGGACAUCAUCGAACGUCCUGUAGUCGUUCCCUCAGCGCUCAGUUGGUGGUAGGAGCAGCGAGCAGGUUUGCUACUGAAACGGGGGAGAAGGCAUUUUCCUUAAAAUGCAGAAUUGGCUCAUGAAUGCUAAUUUUGUCUAGCUGUGGUGGGUUUGCCCAGUUGGGCAGCUGAGCUCCACCACUGCACCUCUCUCACUGCCACUCCUCAAAGGAAAGGAAAGGAGGAGAAAAUACAAUAGAAGGGGCUCAGGGGUUGAGAUCAGGACAAGGGAGAUCACUCAACAGUUACUGGGAUGGGCAAAACAGACUCAGUUUUUGUGUCCUCCCAGAGCAGUGGUACUGAGACACCCUUACAGCGAUGGACCCUCCGCCUCUGCUGUACCCUUUCAAUAGGUGUUUCAACCCUUUCCUGUGCAUACGCAUUGGGAAGAUCCCCCCGGCCUCCUGCUCUGCUGGCAGAGUGGUCCUGGCGUGCUCGGCCUCCUGCAUGGCAGGUCCCUUCAUCAGCUCCAUCAUUAGGGGCAUUGCAGGGGAGGGAGCCCGCAGAACGAUUGGUGUGGAGCUGCUCAGGGGCAGUAAGUUUGUGUUUUGCCAGAAGCAAGAGGUGGAGCACAAGGAAUUAAAGCCAAACCAUAGUAAAUUUGGGUGUUAAGUUUGAUGGUGGACUUUGAGGGGGAGCUGAGGGAAAACCGAACAUGGAAUGCGCAGGGAUCAGUUCGAUUUGAUUGCACGAUAUCGUGGGGAUGAGGCUGGAUAACUGAAUGGAAACCAGGGUACAAAGAGGUUUAGGGAAUGCUCGCAGCGUUUGUUAAUUGCACUGGUGGAUUAGGUGGGAUCUCACAGAGAAUAAGGGAGGAUAAAGAAGUUCUGAGAGCAGGGAAAAGGGAGGAGAUGUUACAGUCAGAUGAAAUUGUGGGAGCUAGGGUGAAUGGGAGAACCAGGGUAAUGCAAACAGAAGCUUCAAAGGACCAGCAGUCAGAGGAAAGAGUGAGGGAACAUCCUUGGUACAGCCAGUACCAGACUGAGCCAGCCGUGAGCACGAGAGCUGGCGGCUGUGAUGCUGUGAGGCUAAAAAGGCGCUGCGCCCGCUGGAUGCUUGCAUCACUUCGUUGUCAUGGAUGAUGAUGAUGAUGAAUCCUGUCUCCUUGAUCUUAUUGGGGACCCACAGGCACUGAAUUAUUUUCUACAUGGACCUAGUAGUAAAUCUAGCAAUGAAGACUUGACGAAUGCCGAAUAUUCUGUAGCCAACUCAAAUUCAAUUUUUGCCAACUCCAAUAACACUGAUCCUAAGUCAUCUGUAAAAGGUGUAAGCAGUCAACUUGGAGAGGGGCCUAGUGAUGGACUGCAGCUGUCCAGUAGCCUUCAGUUUCUUGAAGAUGAACUUGUAUCUUCUCCUUUACCUGAUCUUAGUGAGGAUCAACCUUUUGAUAUUCUUCAGAAGUCCUUGCAGGAGGCCAAUAUUACCGAACAGACUUUGGCAGAAGAGGCAUAUUUGGAUGCCAGCGUAGGUUCUAGCCAACAGUUUGCACAAGCUCAGCUUCAUCCUUCUUCAUCAGCAUCCUUUACUCAGGCUUCUAAUGUUUCUAAUUACUCAGGUCAGACGUUGCAACCUAUAGGAGUUACUCAAGUGGUACAGCAACCUGUUGGAGCAUCUUUUGCAAGCAAUACAGUCGGUGUGCAACAUGGCUUUAUGCAACAUGUCGGAAUUAGUGUUCCCAGCCAGCAUUUGUCUAAUAGCAACCAGAUUAGUGGUUCUGGGCAGAUACAGCUAAUUGGUUCGUUUAGUAAUCAACCUUCCAUGAUGACCAUUAAUAACCUUGAUGGAUCUCAGAUAAUACUGAAAGGCAAUGGUCAGCAAACACCUGCAAACAUGAGCAGUAGCCUCUUGGUUCAUAGACAGACUCCAAAUGGUAACUCGCUGUUUGGUAACUCAAAUUCAAGUCCAGUAGCACAACCUGUAACAGUCCCAUUUAACAGCACAAAUUUUCAGACAUCCGUACCUGUCCAUAAUAUCAUCAUUCAAAGAGGUUUAGCACCAAACUCUAACAAAGUACCCAUUAAUAUCCAACCAAAGCCUAUCCAGAUGGGUCAGCAAACUGCUUACAAUGUGAAUAACUUGGGAAUACAGCAGCAUCAUGUGCAGCAAGGGAUUCCGUUUGCCUCCGCAAACUCACCUCAGAGUUCAGUAGUUGGUCCCCAUAUGUCUGUUAAUAUUGUUAAUCAGCAAAACACAAGAAAAUCAGUUACACCUCAGACAGUUAGCAAUGCUGGAGGUAGUAUUGUUAUCCAUUCCCCCAUGGGACAGCCUCACGCACCUCAGAACCAGUUUCUCAUACCUACGAGUCUGUCUGUUAAUUCCAAUUCGGUUCAUCACGUCCAGGCCAUAAAUGGACAGCUUCUUCAGACUCAGCCUUCCCAGCUGGUUCCUAGCCAAGUGUCUGCUGAGCAUGUAAUGCUCAACAGGAACUCCACAAACAUGCUGAGAGCCAACCAGUCGUAUUCCGGGCAGAUGCUGAAUAAUCAGAACACAGCUGUUCAGCUUGUUUCUGGCCAGACCUUCACAGCUCCUGGAAACCAAGUGAUAGUGAACCACGGGACUUCACAAAUCGUUGGUGGACAGGUGCCACUGCAGCAGGCGUCGCCAACAGUGCUGCAUUUGUCACCCAGUCAAGCUAAUGUUUCUCAAGGUAGAUCGAGUUUCACUACGAUGUCACCUGGGCAGUCCACAGUCUCAAACAUGUCAGCCUCCAAUCGAUUCGCCGCUGUGAGUUCUUCUGGUUCGGUACAUCCUAGCCUGGGACCAUCGGUUCAGUCCGUGGCGUCAGGGGGAAACUUCACGGGAGAUCAGCUCACGCAGAACAGAACUCAAGUUCCCGUCAGUGCAUCGCAUCGUCUUCCAGCAUCCUCUUCCAAAUCUAACAGCACCUUCAGUCACACGUCAGUUGGAGUGACGCAGCAGCAGUUCGCCUUUGGUCAGAAAAAAGCUAUGAACCAGACAUCACCAGUUUCUGCAUCGAAGACGCAGGAUAAUUUGAGACAGCCUCAGCUAACAAGUCUUCUGAGCAACACACUAUCAGGACAGGACUCUGGAGGAAAAGUCAUACAGCAGUCUCUAGGAACAGCACAGCCACAAGAAAAAGGAAUAGGAGCAUCGUCAGUUCAGCAGAGUGUACAGGUGGAUGGUCAUUUAGUUGGACAGAAAAGGCCUGCUGCUAAACAGUUAACUAAAGGAGCUUUUAUUCUGCAACAAUUACAGAAGGAUCAGGUGAAUGCUGUGACGCCAGAUAAAAGUCAGUUCAGAUCAUUAAAUGAUGCAGUUCAGAGACUCCUUUCAUAUCAUGUGUGCCAGGGAUCGCUGCCAACAGACGAAGACUUAAGGAAAGUGGACAGUGAAUUUGAAUCUGUAGCUACACAGCUUCUGAAGAGGACACAAGCUAUGCUGAACAAAUACAGAUGUUUACUUAUAGAAGAUGCAAUGCGGAUAAAUCCAUCUGCAGAAAUGGUUAUGAUAGAUAGGAUGUUUAACCAGGAAGAAAGGGCAUCUCUGUCCCGAGAGAAGCGUCUUGCACUAGUGGAUCCUGAUGGUUAUCAGGCCGAUUUUUGUUGUUCUGCCAAACAAUUUGAUAAAACAGCUGACGAAGCACAGACCAGCAAAAGUGACCAUCAGUCUAACAAAACAUUAUCUUCUCGAAGUCAGACUACCAAAACCCAAGCCAGAGACCGACCAAAAUCCAGCUCAGCAGAGUCCACAAAUCACAGUAAACUUCCUCUAGUGCCUAACAACAUUUUGACACCACAAGAAGGAACAGCUUCUUCUAAAAAAUCGGAGAGCCUCACUAAAGCUUUAAAGUUUGAGAAAGCUAAUUGUUCUUCUGAGAGCCAGUACAAGGCCCUUUCUGAAGAAAAGAUGGCUGGUAAAGAUCUUAACAAGUCCAUUGAGAAUUCUUCGAGUUCUGAAGACUUGUCAAAAACUGUAUCAAGAGGCAGUCAUGGAACACACAAUAAAAUAUCAAGGAAUACAGUUCAGUCUUUCUCAAAGGUAACAUGUAAUAAUUCCCUCAAAGACAAAACUCUGCGGAGCCCUCCAAAGAAUGAGGUUUUACAUCCUGAUAACAUGAAGGGCUCUGGUGAACCCCAGCAAGACUUACUGCUGAGUAAGAGUUUAGAAACGACAUUUAAAAACAUCUUGGAACUUAAAAAAGCUGGGAGACCGCCACAAAAUGAGGCAUCGAGUAGUGGCUCUGUUGACUUAGAAUUUCCUAAUUUUUCACCUAUUGCUUCACAGGAAAACUGCCUGGAAAAGUUUAUUCCAGACCACAGCGAAGGUGUUGUAGAAACUGACUCUAUUUUAGAAGCAGCUGUAAAUAGUAUCUUAGAGUGUUAAUAGUUACAGUACCAUGGACAAGAUAUGUUUCUCUUAGCAGAAGCAAAUGUGAAUGACACCACAAGUACAGCCUGACAUACAUUUAAGGUUAACCUUUCUAAACUAGAUUCUGUUCUGUGUUUGAGAGCAAUACUCAUUGUGGUUACAGUGAGAUAUCCAAGUAAAGUUAAUCCUUGUUAGAAUGCAGUCUGUUAGGGCCUUACUAUUUCAAGUAUUAUUAUGAUAGUGCUUUUGAUAAUUGUGCAGUACUGCAACAUAACAAGGUUGCAGGUCGUUAGGCCCUAUGUAACAUGGUAAUAUACUGACAAUCACAGUCAUUUGAAAGGAUAUAUUUAUUAAGUAAAUGUUUUUAAAAAGUGAUGGAAGCAACAAUUCUCCCCUACCCUUGUUUUCCACAAAUCAUCAGAUUUUUAAGUUGUUCUGGAAACCCACUGUACCUCUAUUCAGAAGUGAUAAUUUGCUUUGUUAAGGAACCUGUGUUCUAGGAUUCUUAAGUUGGAAGGAUGUCAUCAGUGUGUUUACAAGGCUUCAUAAUUUAAACUUAAAGUGCUUUUCUAUUGCUUUCUGAGCAGAAACUAGUACUCGAUAUAUUUGUAGUGGGUAAGUUUAGUCUGUGGGAUGAUAUUAUAUGAUCUUAGUCACAGUGGCAUGAUAUGAAGUAAUAAAUGCUUGACUAAGGAAGGUAGAAUGGAAGCCAAUGAAUGGCAAAGUGUACAGGAUGAGGCCAUGAUAGAGCCAUGAAUUUAUAUAUAUAAUACAUAUAUAUGUUAACUCUUGAGGAAGAGAUUUUGCAUUUUAUAAUUGGAUGUAGUCAGCCUUGAGUCUUUCUGAAGUGGUAUAAAUGUUUUUUUUUAUUUGUUGGUUUUUCUUUUUUUUUUGUUGCUGUUUUUUUUAAGACCAAGUGUCAAAAGCACUUUUAUUUGAGAACUGUUAUGAUAUUUGUAGCUUAUAUUUUAAGAGGACAUUAGCCUUACUCUGAUGAAACUUAAAGGCCAGUGUUUAUUUUUGUUUGUUUGUUGUUUUUUUUUUUUUGCUUUUUUCUGUCAGAGAAUGUUAAAAUCAUCCACUGUAGCAGUCAUAAUUAUCAAGAUAUGUACAGACCAAAGUCGAUCAGCAAUCCCAUUGUUAAAACAUAUCUAAAAGUGUGUAAUUAUUAACUCCUAUUGUAGAGCCAAGUGAAACCAUUGCAUGGUUUGUAUUUGGCUCACUGUCAUGUUGAUAAGAUAGAAUCUUAUUAUUUUAUUUAUUUAUUUUAAUCUAUGCCAUCUUUCUUUUUGCUGCCCAUGCUGCUUUAUCCGAGUUUACUUUGGUCAUGAGUGCUUUUGUGCACAUAAGUACGCUGACGUUAGUCACGUGCAUGUAGUACAUAUGUCUGCUCAGGAGGAUAUAGCUUUUGUGAUUUCUAAGGUAUGCUUAUAUUCUCCCCCAGACCUUCCCCACAAUUUCUUAGAGAAAUUUCUUAGAGAUUUCUUAGAAAUUUCUUAGAGAAACCAGCCAUUCUCCAGACUUACUAAUGACAGUUUUCAUAAUCUAGAGGCUCAUCGUGACAAACUGUGGUUGUCAGUUAGAUUGCCAGGAAAGAAAACAAAAGGUAGAGUUUUGCUAUCAUGUAACUCAGUGCAUCUGAAUAGUGCAAAAGAAAGCAGAAUUAGAUCCUUGCGAUAGUAGAUCACAGUGCAACUCAGUAUUGAGCUACAGUCCACUGUCUGACCACUAAAGGAAACCAAAUCUAGAAAGCAACAUGAGAAAGAUGAACUUGUUUAAAAUUCAUUUUCCCUUCAAAGUGAAUGGAGAUACUGUUUUUUGUAUGUUACUAAUUGCCAUUUAAAAAAGAUUGUGCCAAUUUUAAAGUACAUGUUUGUAAAAUCCCAACAUUCCCAAGUGUUGUAGAAGAUAUUCAAAGUAAUAAGUAUUGCCAGUUUUAAAUUUUUAGUUAGGUGUCCAUAGAAUAGACUCUCAGGCAGUUAGUUGUUUUCUUAUUGGCAAAACUGACAAUAUAGUCUUCACCUAUUGCCUUUUUAGAUUUAAUAAUAUGUUUAUGGCUGUGUAUCACGAUGCGUUUGUGUUAUGAUUUUUGGAAAUUGAACCAUUCUAAACUAUCUAGGAAGGAAGUUACACAGCUGUAUGUUAACUAGUUAAUUUUUUCUUCUAUAGGAAAAAAAAAAGUUGCACAUUCAUGGAUUCACUUGAUUUUUGUACCACCUCAGAAUGGGUACAGCAUCUGUACAGCAAAUAUAUAAUAGACGUAUCAGGCUAUGUGUCUUCUAUUGGAUCUUACUUGGGGAUGGGGGACAAUGGAUAUUAAAAAUGACAAAUUACAAAAAAAGCAAUCACUGUUGAUUUGGUCAGACACAUUUCUCUGAACUACUUGCGAAAGGAACCCAGGUGAACAGUCCUAGCAAGAUAAAUGUUGAAUUGUUCAUGUUCUGUUGUUUACUCCUUUGAAUUCAGUUCUAAAGGAAUUCUGGUACGUGGUGAAGCAGUAAAUGAAAGAAAUGUAUUUUUUGUUGUGUUUGAAAGAAAAAAAGUAUAAAUUAAUCAUAUGGAAUCAAGUCCAGCAAAGUAUUGUGAAUGUGCAUGACUUUAAACAUGUUUUCAUUAUUUUGCUGGAUCAGCAUUGUGAUUUCAAUGUUAUUUAAUACUGCCUAAUAUUAAAACAAAUUUUGAACUGGCAAUUAAGAAAAAUAUGUUCAUUUUGAAGAUUUUAGUAUAAUUUAUCUGUUAGAUUAGGGAGGCCUUACAGACUGACUUCACUUAAAGAGGAUGUGUCACUUAUUGUCAGUGUGGUAUGGACUUUAUUUGCUUAAAUACCUUCAUUUGUAAAGUAUGUCUCACUUGAAAUUGCUUUGUAUACAUUUUGUAAAAAUAUUUAUAAAAUGUUUUGUAAAAAAAAAAAAGUAUAACAAAUUGCAGUUUAUUUUGUUAUGUUGGAUAAAUACUGUUAAAAGACACAAGUCAGUAAAUAUAUUGUUAAUCCAUGGAUAGGAAAUGUUUAGUUGGAGAUUACAAAUUGAAACAACCAUUGCAAUACAGCCAAAGAUUUGGGAAAAAUGUGCAUCUGUGAUUGUCUUGAUUUACCCAAGUUGAAUAUUUACAUUACCAAAAGUGGGUUGUUCUAAAAUUUAAGUAACGUGGUUGCAAAAUGUUCCUACUCCUGUGCUUUUUUUUAUUUAUUUUUUAUUUUUUUAAAAAAUUCUGAUGUAUUAUAAAAUAUUUAAUAGGCCAACUUCCAUUACUCUUUAUGAAACUUUUGAACAUGUGCUAUUAAGGCUUGGUUCAUGUGGUGGUGUAACUACACACAGGAGUGCAAAAUAACAUGAUUGACAGUGGCCCAGCUACGUUGUCAUUAGAAAGCUUACCACGCUGAGGGUGCUGAGAGACACUCUCCUUCUCUGGUAUGCUUUCACAAAAUAGAGGCAUCGUCUUCUGAUACCUCAGAGAGAUGGAAGAAAGAGAGGUUUAUGUUUGUCAGCCAGCCAUCUCGUCCAGGCUGCAGGUUUCAGAGUAGUGCCAGUUACAUUUGGCUGCAGAUAGCAGUGUUUGUGGUAUUUCCCAUUCCUUCCUUUUGGCUGUGAGAAGACAUUUCGGUUGCUGAUGAUGUAAUGCUUCCUCCUGCUUUUAUAGGGGUGAUGAACUUUUUCUUGCUAUGAUUGAAUUUUUCAGAAAGCAUGCUGAGAUUCUGAUCUAGUAAAGCUCUUAUGCGUGGAACUUCAACACUUUA